CCAUACCCCUUUAAACUCUGCAGCCCCACCUCUCUUCCCCCAGGUUCUCUCAGGCACAGGCCAGGCUGCUCAUUAACAACCCUGCAGCCACCUGCUGCCUGGCUAUUUCUCUGCCCUGGUGGCCAGCUGGGCCCAGGUUCCCUGGGACCCUUUUGCAGGGCGUACAGCCUGGCUCAGCUCCUCUCCCACUAUGGCCUCUCUGCAGCUCCAGCAGUUCUGCUGCCAAAGUCUUGCUACCCGCCUGGUGUGGCACUUCCACCCGCAGGUGUGGAAUGGGCUGUGCCUGGGCAGUGCUGUACUAGGCCUGCUCGGGCUGCUCUUGCAGGCUCUAGCCAGGCACCGCUGGGGCUGUGGCAAGAUGGCUGGCAGAGGCUCAGAGAGCAGGCUCCAUGCUGCCAGGGGGAUAGUAGCUGCCAUUACUGCCAGCAGCUGUCUGGGCACUGCAGGUGAGAGCAGGUGACUUCCCAGCUGCAUAGAGCCCUGCUGCUGGGCUUGCUCUCACAGGGCUGCCCUGCGUUCCUUUUUCCACCAGGGAUCCUGAGCCGCUCCGUGCUGUGGCUAGCAGGCCCCCCUGGCUCUGCCAGCGAGCCUCCAGUGAAUGGGACAGCAGGCUUUGCUGGGCCACUCUGCACUCUGGCUGUGGUAUGUAGCAUAAGCCCUGGGUGCUGUGUCUGGGGGGCAGUAUGUCCGGGGAGCAGUAUCUGCUGGGGGGCUGUGUGCUGUGUCAGGGGGCUGGGGAGCUGUGUCUAGGGAGCAGUGUGUGGGGAGUAGUUUCUGCUGGGGGGCUGUGUUGGGGGGCUGUGUGCUGUGUCAGGGGGCUGGGGAGCUGUGUCUAGGGAGCAGUGUGUGGGGAGUAGUUUCUGCUGCGGGGGCUGUGUUGGGGGGCUGGGGAGCUGUGUCUAGGGAGCAGCGUGUGGGGAGUAGUUUCUGCUGGGGAAGGUGCUGUGUCUGGGGAGGCUGGGAGAGGUGCUGUGGCUGGGGGGGGGGCUGGGUGGAGGGAGGUACUGGAGCUGAGGGGGCUGGGGGCAGUAUCUGGGGGCUGGGAGAGCCAUGGCUGGGGCUGGGGCUGGGGCUGGGGCUGGGUACUUGGAGAGCACUGGAGGGGGCCUUGGCAAAGGGGAGCAGGGCUGGAAUAGUGGGUGGAUGGCAGAGCUGUGUGGGGCACAGGGAGGGCUCUGGCUCCCUUGCAAGUGGGGGGCCUGCUGGCUUGGGGGUAGCGGGGCAGGGCAGAGCCCUUUCACAUCUCCUAUCGCCCCUCAGAUGUGGGUGCAGUACUUCUACACGGCUCACUUCUGGGCCUUGUUCUGCUACGCGUUGGAGGCUGGUCAGCUGCUGCGGAGCCCUGCAGGCUGCAGGUCCCUGACUCCCUACUACCUGUUGUGCUGGGGCCUGUCCAGCACCCAGUGCCUGUGGGGCAUCCAGCAGCUCCUGUCCCCUGCCAGUGCCAGGUGUGACUCGCAGCGCCCACUGGUACAGGCCCUGGCUGUGGCUCACUACACUGCUGCCUACGUGCCGCUCUCGCUGGUCCUGCUGCUGAACCCGCUGCUUCUCUCCAGGGCCCUCUGCGCAGGUGAGCCAGCCCCAUGCCCUGCCCCGGGGCCCUCCUGGGAACACUGGCAGCGGUGCAGGGAGAGUGGCUUGGGCUCGGGCCGAGCAGGGGGCUAACGGCAUCUCUCCUGCAGCCGCAGCCCUGCUGAGGGGCCAGACGGGCAGGUACACAGCCAGCGAGCGGCUCCAGGAGCAGCAGCUUCGGAGGAGAUUCACCAGCAUCACUGUUACCUUCACUGCCUGGUAAUGCUCCCCCCUCCUCCCCGCCAGCCAGCGCUCUGACCCACUGCCUGGUAAUGCCCCACUUCUUCCCCCCCCACCAGCACUCUGCCUCCCUCCCCUGCCAGCGCUCUGCCCCAGUGCCUGG